GAGAUGACUUACUCACUCAUUGCAGCCUUGUUUGAUUAUUGCUAGAUGCUGGACUUUGAAUCACCAUGCCUAAAAGAAAGGUAACAGCCAUCGUUUUAUAUAAAUACCAAAUAAAAAGAAAGAAAAACGUCGAAUGAUAACUUACUCGGUUAUGUGAUUGUGCAGUUCUGUGUCUCCAGAAAAGUCCAACCUUUGAAACGAAAAAGAGAGUAUCGAGAGGAAACGGUAAAUAAAGUCUUUGGACCAUAAAUGCUCUUCUCAACGGUGGAUAUUAUUAAAAUUCAAACUCCUGUUCCGUAAAACUGUUUAUUUGACUCAGCACAGGGUUUCGGAAGGGCAGAAUUCAUGAAGAGCAAAAUUUUCCACUCCUUGCAAUUAUCUCGUGUGGAAUUUAUCCUCUUGAUUAUAAUUGUGUGACCUUUGAGUUUUAGAGUUUGCACUCUGUCAAUGAACCAUUUGUUGUGAGAGAAUUGAUUAUGGCUACAUGUACUACCUGACUGCUUCAUAUUUUAUGUGUUAGCAAUUACGCGUUGCUGCAGAUUCAUCAGAUGACUCUGAUAUUGAGGUGGAUGUAGUGGAGAUUUCUGACAGUAGCAGCAAUCCUGCCAGGAGUCCUUUCCCCAGUAAAGGACCAUCAUCAUUUCCUCAGAAAAAUCAGACAGCAUCAAAAGGUUGGGAUCAUUGUUAGUAUCUGAGCAACUGUGCACCUACCCCUCCCCUAAGUCAACCAAAAAAAAAUCUACUGAUAACCAGUUAGGUUAAUGUUGGAUUAGGGGAGGGAUAGGUGUGUAGUUUCUCAGACACUGUCAUUGAUCUAAAGGUUGGAUGUACAGUGUUAAUGACUGAAUGUCAUCUGAGGGUGUCCAGUUCCUAUUGUUUAGCUAUUUCUUAUUUUCUCUAUUUUUUUUUACAUGUAACUUGAAAAAGUUUUUUAUCAUUUUUUUAAUUUCCCAUUGUUAGUUUAAAAAAAUGCUGGUUUUCUUGGUGUAUAUAUUUGUUUGUUUGAAUUGUGAUUAAUUUAUUGAAAGGAAACAGGGAGGAUACAGUACCAUUUUGGUUUGAUGCAAUGCAAUCAGAAAAAGUGGCGUUUAUGGCAAGUAGUUGGGAAAACUGGAAUUAUGAAAAUAUUGUUAUGAUAACUGAGCUGAUCUCUUGUUGUGAAUGUGUCUCCAGGAAAACGAAGAUCUACAAGGCUCAGUGCAGGAACUGUUUCUGAAGAUAACAAACAAGGCUGCAUUGUGUGUAAUAGCCUCCACGAUGAAGAAAAUAUUCUGCAAUGUUCAAAUUGCUGCACUCUGGGUAUUUCUUAGUGUUUUAAUCUAAAAGCAUAGUAUGGUUUUAUAUUUUAAAUAUAAUGGCCUAUAUAUUUCUUUUUUAUGUUGUCAAUAAAUUAUUUGUUGGAGCACUUUAAUUCCAAGUUUCAAGUUUGUUUAAUUGCUAAAUAUGGUUAAGAUAAUGGUGCUUGGAGAGAGGUAAAAUUUUCUUCACAAUGUGGAAGCUUUUCUACAAGCUUGUCCUAUAAUGUCUUAUCACUACAGGCCUAGAAGGCAAUGCAUUGGCCAAACCAAAUUCAACAUGAUGUACCUUCAACCUCACUUCCACUCUAUACUUGAGCUGUAGUCUCAGAAGGAAUUUUAUCAGAAAAGUGAACAGCUUUGACUGUUUGUCCUUGGCAAAAUACUUCCACUUUUAAAAACACAUGAAAAUCUGGGCAAUGCAAUUUACAGUAUUUAAUAAUAAUCUGCUGAUAAGUAUAAAGUCCCCCUUGCCAAGGUUAAAGAUUGUCCUGUUUUAUUAAAGCACAGUUUAACCUACACAAAUGGCUUUCUCUUUACACCAGCCACUUUUUUUUUGUCACAGUGGAACGUCCAUAUAUUACCUUGUUUUAACCCCUGUACACUGCCACCUCUCCCUAAUGGUAUUUUAGCCUCCAAAGUACAUCCCAACAACCAAAUUAAUCUCUCUAUAACAACCAGUCAGCGGCUGACUGACAAAGUGUUAAACAAAAUCUCAAACAACUCACUCAAGCCCACAGCCUAGGACACCAUUAUUUCUAAACAAAGUAUGAAGUGUCUAGAAUACAAAAUGUGACUCAUGUACAACUUGAUAUAUACUCACUAUCCCAUACUUGUUUUUUGUUUUUUACAUCUUCUUUGAACAUCAACUUUUGGUUUCUUUCAAUUGACAUAUUUGUGCUUUGUGACUGUUAACAACAAAAAGCCUCUGCUUUAAAUGAAGUCAUACUUGACAGCCCUUUUGCUCUGUCCUGAAGGAGGCCAUUGUGACUCACCUUUUUUUACAACAAUGGUGACUUAAUUUUAAAUUUGUUUUCAACUGAUAUGUAGUUAUGGUCAUCUAUGAUUUUUAUGUCAGUAAUGACUCAAUUAUUUUUUUUCCUAAUUUAAGGGCACAGGUCUUGUUUGUCUCUUUCCAAUGAAGACUGUCCAAGAUUAGACAGUUCCUUGUGGCAAUGCAGAGCUUGCAAAACCUGUUAUGUGUGCAAGUCAGCUGAAAGUGAGGUGAUUAUAUAUAAAACAACAACAAAAGUGAUGUAAAAGUUAAAAUAAUAGCAAUUAGUGAUCAUUACUGGUAUGUAACACUGAAAUUUAAAAAUAAAUGUACACGCUGUACUUGUAACUCCAUUCAAACAUAUCACCUGGAAAGUAUGGUCUCUAGGUGAAUCCUCUGUCUGAGUCUAUUAUCCUAAGUUUUAUUUUGCAUUAUAACUUUCUUGUCUUUGAUGUUUCAGUAGUAGGAGAGAGGGAUUGUUUUUUCUUAAACAUUGUCUUUUGUGAAUAGAAUUUUCAUUUAACAGUCAUCACCUCUAUAAGGUUCUGAUCAGUCUAUUUAUGGAAUCUGUUUUAGUGAAAAAAGGAUGUAACCAGUAUGAUCAUUUCUGACAAAGCUUUCAGAGUGAUUUCAUUUUAAUAACUCUUUCAGUCAAUAAUGAACAACUCAUCUUAGGAUUCUUUCUCUUCACCUUUUGUCUGGACAAUUUGCAUCAGGUGAUUGCUUUAUGUUGAAAAAUGACACUAGCUUCUUACAUAUAGCUCACAAACCACAAUUUACUUUUCUUUUUUUUUUUUUUUUUAACUUGUAGCUUGAGACCUGUGAAACCUGUGAUAGAGCAUUCCACUCGCUAUGCAUUCCUUACUCACAAUCAGUACUCAAGCAGUCCAUCCCAACAAUUUGUCCUGAGUGUGCAUCAAUGAACAAUUUAGAUGAUCACGCUCUUCUGCUAUCAGACACACAGACCCCAGUUGUUAAAAAAAAGCGAGGGAGACCAAGAAAGAUUCAUUUGUUGGAAAAACCACCAGUUGAAAACAAAACAGAAAGCUUCCCCUUGGCAUCUUUUACAGAAAUAGGAGAUGAGACUAAGGAAAGAAAGUCAAUGAAGAGAGUGAAGAGGUGUCCAACAUCUGGUUGUGACGGGCUUGGUCACAUGACAGGAAAAUUUGAAAUGCAUCACACUUUAUCUGGUUGUCCAAAAUAUCAUAACAUGACACCACAAGAAUGCAAGGUACAUACCAUACAAUAGUCAUUAUUUGUGAUUUUUAAUACAUAAUAUAGGAGACAAGAAAUGUUCUUACCAGUGGCUGUUGUUUAGAUUAUUUAGCUUGAGGCUUUUGUGAACAGAGAAAGGUUUUUUGUUGAUUUAUAACUUCUUCUAUUAUUAUUUGUAAUUUUCAUGUUUUAAAGUGAGUUAAUUUUCCACUAAGUGAGCUUACAAGCCAACUGGGAGCUGGUCAUUUUGUUAGUUCUAGACCAGCUCCUGGUUGGCUUGUUAACUCAGUUGGUAGGGUACUGCACUGGUAUCACAGAAGUCCAGAAUUAAUUUUCAGUUCUGUUUAAGAAGUGUUCUUUAUUGCAAAGAUCAUUCUCAUAUUCAUUUCGUAAUCCGCAGUUCACAUAUAUUGACUUUCAAAUGUGUACAGUCAAAGGUGAAAAGAAAAAGUGUGGAAGUAUGCCAUGUAAUGACUUUCUUAGGCAGAAAUUGCUACUAAUGAUAACUACAAACACCUCUAGCUCUUUCUGAAGGUUUUUUCUAUCGUUUUGCACCACUUAAUGUACUUUCAAUUGAUAGGAGAGGGCAGAAGAAAAGAAAAAGGAACUUGCAGUUUAUCCAGACUCUAAAAAAGUGAAAUCCAGUGCUUCACCUGAAGAGAAUCUGCCACCAAAAAAGACAUUAAGAAACAAAGUGAGUCACACACUGAAGAUCUUUUAAAGAUACUUUUGUGCAAUAUUAGUGGGAGAGUUCAGUGUUGCAAUGGUAGACAGCUCAACAUAAAGCAAAAAUUUAUUCUCAAUUAAAAAGCACUAUAUUUUUGUGUGUACAGGUGCAGCUUUCCUUUAUGCCAGAAAAGAUCCGUGUGGCUGUGACAAGCAAAGAAAUUACACCAGAAGAGCUAGGUUUACCAAAAAGUAGUGAGAGAAAAAUAAAUACAUUGUCCAAUGAAAGCCAUCUUGACACUUCAAGAUAUCCUUGUGAAAAAGAAACAAAUGGUAAAGCAUUAAUUGAUCAGUUAGACCAGGAGACUCUGAAAGAAAUAGCAUCAGAGGGUGAUUUCAAGUUGUUCAAAGAAGCUUGGACAAAGGCAUUAGAGGCCAAUGAAGAGGUAAGAAAGAUGGCCAAUAAAUGUUCAGCUGAUGAAUGGGAACCAUUCAGCCUUAACCUUCACCUUUCAAAAGCACUUCCUCCUUUACCCGAUUACUCUGAACAUGAGACAUGUUAUAAGUGUGCAGUCAUUGAGUCAUUAAUUCUUUAUCUAAUGAUAUUACUUGAUUCAAGAUGCUGUUAAAUGUAGCAACAAUUCAGUUGUUUAUAGAUGGUGGUAUGUUUUUGUAAUUCUUCUUUGGGAACUAGCAGCUUUAGGAGAGAGACUGGGACAAAGUGGUCAUUUGUCGAAUGUAAUGAGUAUGGUUGGGUCAUUAUCCAGAAUCAAACACUUUUUUCAGCACAACACAGCAUUUAAGGUACACAACACUUGCACAGCAGUAUAAUUAACAAAGAAGCUCUAAUUUGCUUUUCACAACUACAAUGAAAUUGCUUAUUAUUAUAAUUUUUAUAAUAAAAUGAUAUGUUUUGGUGGAUGUGUUGUUUACAUGCUUUAUUCCUUAUGAUGAAAUGCAAUCGGUGCAUUAAAGUUUAAAACUAUAUUUGUCUCUAGAGAAAAGUCAAGUGGAAAAAUUUAAUGACCUUCCAGCAAUUUCAAACUUUGCAAACAAUUUACUUUCUAGGAAAUUCUGCCUUUGAAUGGCAGAUCUGGAAGCCGCUGUAUUGAGUUUGGCUUGUAUGAAGUUGAUACAUGGUACUCAUCACCUUUUCCUGAGGAAUUCCAGAGAUUACGUAAAAUAUACAUCUGUGAAUUCUGUCUGAAAUAUAUGAGGAGCAAAACUGUUUUAAGACGACAUGUGGUAUGUGUUUAAACUUUGUUAUUUAACAAAAGUGUAUUUGUCAUCUUUUACAAAGCUGAAUAGAAAUUAAUUGCCUGUAAUCAUGACUGAACUCUGAAUCGCAUUUCUAAACAUUCAGUUGUAAUUUGCACACAGUGCAUGUUAAAAAGGUUUGUGACAAACUAUGUAUCUCUACUUGUAAAUUUUAUAACAAAUCUGAAAUAGCAGUAUCAGCUCUAUCAAAACUACACAAAAAUCUAUAAAAAAAUAAGAUGGUAAGAUUUGGGUGAAUGACAGCCCAGCAAUCUUUUAUCUGAUUGGAGAAGCAUUUCUCCACACUAUUGAAGUUCAAGCAAUUUAUGGUAGUCAUAAGUGAUACUAAAUUUUACUGAUUACUGUCUAAGGAGAACACUGAAUUUAUUAUUAUUAUUCAAUAAUAAAUUGUCUGUAUCAAUUAAUUGGUGUUAGCUGUCCAUAUUAAGGAAGGAAGGAUCUUUUGUGAUAGAAUUUUGUUUUUGAAUGAGUGUGAGUGAUUAAUCAAUGAAAUCAAUAUAAAAGUUAUCUUUGCAGCAAUGAACACUACUUAAGCAUUAGUGAAAAUAAAGCCUGAAAAAAACUGAGGCCUGCAUGGGAUUUAAACCCAUGACCUCUGCAGUACCAGUUCAGUGCUCUACCAACUGAGCCAAGAAGCCAACGGGGAGCUGGUCAUCCUGGUUUGUUAUAAAGUUGCAAAGUGAUGAGUAAAUGACAGUGGCAAUAUGAAAAUCAUAUGUAUGGCUUUUAUUUUCAGGCUUUAUUUUCACUAAUGCUCAAGUAUUGUUCAUUACUGUGAAGAUCACUCUCAUAAUCAGAUUCAUUGUUGUUAAAAUUAUAGCAAAUGAUAAUGUAUUUACUAUUUGAGAUUUAGGGAAGAAAAAAAAAAGGGAUUUGAACUAUUUAUGCAUGUUCAUGGGAUGAUUUUCCUCCAAGAAUAAUUUGAUAAAUGAUUUUGCUGAAAUGUUUGGUUCAUUUUCAGGCUAAAUGCAAUGUCAGGCAUCCACCUGGAAUUGAAAUAUAUAGAAAGAAUGACCUCUCAAUAUUUGAAGUUGAUGGAAAAAAUCACAAGGUGAGCGCCACAAACUGUAACUUAGAUUGAAAAGUGUUACAUGGACAGAAAAGUAAGUAUUUAACUCCCUUGAGUGACUAAGAGAGAAUUUUUUCAUACAAUAUUAAUACAAAAUUGAGCAGACAAGUGAUGAGAACAAAGAGAAAUACCAUUUGGAUGAUUUAAAGUUGAUCUGAUACUUAAUUCUCUGAACUAACAUCCUGAGAAUUGUAUGGCUGUCAGUAAGGAGAAUUAAUGAUGAGAUAUUGGGAUUGAAAGGGUUAAAAGGGAUGUCUACUCUGUAAUUGAAUCAAAUGACUUUGAUUUGACUUGUUUGUUAGCUUCCAUGAUCUUGCUACACUGUAAUAAAGAUCACAAUUAUAAAAGAGUGUUACGCUGCAGCUGCUAAUUUAUACUUGUGCAAUAAGAGUGUCGGGACUUACCUUGUGUUGUUUUUAUUGUCAGGUGUAUUGUCAAAACUUAUGUUUGUUGGCCAAGUUAUUUCUUAAUCACAAGACCCUUUACUAUGAUGUGGAACCUUUUCUGUUUUACGUGAUGACAGCUGUAGACUCUAUCGGUUGUCAUAUGAUUGGUUACUUUUCAAAGGUAAGACAUUGAUUGUUCUCAGGUAUUGCAGGCUGGAUAGGUUUUGUUAAGCAAGGGGAAAGAAGGGUUAAGCUUAAAUUUAUAACUAGACUCAGACACAAUGUGUAAAUUUGUUGAAGGCUGGAAAACUAAAUUGGAGGGGUGCAGUAUUUAAAAACUCACCCCAAGCUUCCAAGGAAAUUUAUAUGUCAUAUCUAAAGCUCAUCUUAACUUACAUGAACCCACUACCCUGUUUUGGUUUGUUUUUGCAUUACAGGAGAAGAAGUCCUUUCUGAAUUACAACGUUUCAUGCAUACUUACUUUACCAAUGUACAUGAAACAAGGCUAUGGAAAAAUGCUCAUCGACUUCAGUAAGUGACUCUCUGUUUGCAAAAGUUCAUCUUCUGCUUCUUCUGCUAUUUUCUAAUACUUUAAACUCUACUUUGUACUCAAUACUUGUCUUCCUAUUGGCUAAUAACCAACAAAUAGCACUAGAAACCAGGGCCCAGUUGGUCAAAGGGCGGAUAAAUCUAUCCAAGGUAUAAAUUGCGGUGGAUAAGUGUUAACAAAACUUACUACAAUAUCCACUGGAAAGAGAUAUAUCCAGUGAAUAGCAUGAUCCACCCUCCCAACAAUCCAGGCUUGAACAAUAUACAAGGUAUUUGGUCACUAUAAAGGGGUUAAGUUUCUAAAUAAACUGUGGUGCUGCAUCAGUGGGAGAGUAUAACAGGCUAAUUUGGUAUUAACAAGGUUUUCAAAGCUGAAGUUUCGAGCAUUCUCCCUUCGUCCUUCACUCUGAUGAAGGGCUAACGCUCGAAACGUCAGCUCUGUAACUCUUAACGGUGGCCAAUUUACGUUAUCAACUCAGAUGAUAACACUAAAUUACCCUAUUUGAUAGCUAGAUACUUUGUUGCUUGCAUGCGCAAUGCAUGACCUCCAAGAUGCUGAGUUCCAAAACAGUACACACAAAGUUGACCUUAGUUUUAUUAAAAAGGUAUAUAAAUUUUGUAAAAAAUAAUAUUUAGUUUUCUUGCUAGUGACUGGACUUACUUUUUUUGAAAGAUAAUGCAAAAUUCUCCACUCAAAAACUUCUCCAUUUCCUUUCUUUUCUUCUAAGGAAAAAGGUUGAUUGUACUUCUUGCAGAAUGUGCUUUUUUUGUUUGUGUGUGUUUUUUAAACGAUGUACAAUAAUGAAAAUGGUGGAUACGCUAAAUAAGAUAUCUGAAUGCCACGGUAAAUUUUAUCAAACAAGGCUGGCACUUCGACCUUGGCUCCCACAGAUAUCACAGCACCUUCCUCCAGUAGUUAUCUUUAUAAUUCAACUUUCAUACACUGUACGAAUUCCGAUUUUCCAAUCGGCUGAUUUGUACCACGUGAUACUGGGUUGUGACAAAAUAAUCUCCUUGGGGUCAUUAUCAUGGUGUAAUAGCCUUGGUGUAAAUUCAACACACCACUGUUUAGAAAUUACAGAAAUUGUUGUCUGAUCACUGCUUUUGCUUUUGAUUUGUUUCAUUUACGGUGCUAAUAUUUUCUCAGAAAAGGUGCCAUGCGGUUAUGGUGUGUGAAACAUCUUUCCUGGAAUAUACCACACUACCACAUUUUUUUUACUUCUGCCAGUUUAAGUGACAACUGAUGUGUAAUGAAAUUCCCUUGACCAUUGACCAUUCAAUUCCUGACAAGAAAGUACUCGAGAUUAGUUCCAUUUCGAAUUUGAAUUUCCGUUUCACUGGUACUAAGAAAUUUUUGUUAUCUUUUGGUGCUGUAGGUUAUCUUUUAUCGAAAGUGGAGGGGAAGGUUGGAUCUCCAGAAAAGCCCUUAUCAGAUCUUGGACUUAUUAGUUAUCGCAGUUACUGGAAAAGCAUUUUGCUGAAAUACUUGAAGAAUUUUGGAUUUGACAGGAUAUCUAUUAAAGGUGAGUUAGUUACAUUUGAAGUCCAAAAGUUAUAUUUUAAUUUCUAGUUUCUCGAGUGGAAAUUCUCGUACUCCAAACAACAGAUGACACCACUUUUGAGUGUGUGUGUUUGUCUGUUCGGUGCACCCAAAAAGGUGAUACGGCGGUACAGAAGUUCUUUAUUUUUCUCAUUACACCGAUCAAGGCGAGGUUAACAUUAGUAACCAAUCAAAGCACUUUAUAUUAUCAACGUAAGUACAUACAUGUAACGUCAUUUCUUGCGGUCUCCAGGGCCCCGACCAAUUGUGUGCUUCCUUUUCAAAUCCCCUUCAAGAAGUUCCCAUUCUUGUCUUCUUCUUAGUACCCAGUCUUAAACCUGGCUAAAUAAUCAAUUAUUUUCCUCAAACAUCGAGCCGGAAGUGUAUGUGUGACCGUUUCGCCGCCUCUCCCAGUAUUCCAUUUGAAUAGUUUCCGAUGUUCGAACUGCAUCUAAUAUUUCCAUCCUACAUUUUACUUCACAAGCGAAUGUUUUAUAGUUUAGCCACUUAUGUUUAGUCGCCCAUUUAAGGAACACGGAGAGGCACUGUGUUUUCAAAUCUCAGUUUUCAAACUUUGUGACUUGGUAAAGUUUCUUGGAGUUCAGCCGUAAUCCAGUAUUUGUUGGUUUGUUUCAGAUAUAAGCCAGGAAACAGCAUUGCAUCCAAGUGACAUUAUCAGCACCUUGCAGUAUAUGGGUAUUCUGAAGUACUGGAAAGGAAAGCAUGUCAUCCUCCGUGCUACGGUUAGCGUCGCAUGUAACAAAACAAACUAACGCUAUGAACUUAUUAGAUUUCAAAGAAUGGCUUAAAUGACUCUGAAGCGAAAUACAUCCAGUUAAUUGUAUGCUCCUUACAUAAUUCCAGACAAGUUGCAGUGAAGUUGACAAGUUGCACACACACACACUGACAUACUCAAGCCUGACAAACUUAAGGGUUCCAUUUUGAUACUUUUCAUUGGGCUGAUAAAUAAGAGCUAGUACUUGAGCAAAUUACUCACCCAAGUGUUCUCAAUGGACUUCAGAUUGAUCAUCUAUGAUGGGGCUGAUGUUAUGUUCAUGAUCUUCACAUCAAACUCGCUGUCUCAGACAUAAAGUGUGAAAUGAUUGCUAAUCAACCAAAUUGAACCUGCCAAACGUGAAAACUCAACACGUGUGUUUCAGAGCCAAUGUCUCUGGGCUAAUAAGAAGGCGUACAGUAUACUUUAUUUCACUGCACCUUUAGAUUGACAAAUUGUCUGAUAUUCACAAUUUUAGGAUCUGUUUGAUGAUUAUGAGAGGAAGGCUUUAUCACGGCCUGCCAGCUACCAAGAAAUCGAUCCUGCGUGCCUGUCAUGGGCACCAAAAGCCUCAGAAGAUACAAAAAUGUAAUAUUUUAGUUUGUUUGUUUGUUUUUUUUUUCCAUUGUAUUUAUCAUGACUAGAUUCAAACAUAUUCUUAUCUGUGAAGUGAGCCGAUAAUUUUUACAUUUCUCAGAGUACAUUGCUAUCCUGUUCACAAUCGUCUUCACCGGCCAUAUUUUUUUAAAUAUUAGAACUAUUGAUGCAUCAGUUGAUCUUUGUUCCCUAGCUGUUCGGCGCGCAAUAUUUAACGAAAGACUUAAUCGAGAAAAGAAAAACGUUGAUCUUACUAAAUACUGGGUCUUUCUGUUAUAACAUAGGUGAUAUGUGCUAAUUCCCUUUUCACAUUUCAUUCAAAGUUUAUACCCUUUUUUGUACUAUGCUUUCGUGUAAUAUAUUUUAGUUCCGGUUGAAAUUAUCGCUGCUCAGGGCAGGUUUACUCAUAUUGUCAUUGCUCUAAAAUACACUAUGUUGAGAAUUUUGUAAGAUUAUCCUUUAUGUUAUCUAUGUUGUAGGAACUUAGGGUUUUCAUUUCAUUUUAGUAUGUUAGCAUUAAGGUGUGCAAGUAAAGUGAAUGAGAAAAAAGUCCUGAGCAACGGACAGUUAGGUUGUCUCAACUCAAUCCUGAGUUCUCGCAUGUGCUCUUUUGUUGUGUAGUAUAGUAUAAAACAUUUUAAGAACUUUGUUAUUUUGAUCUCCAACGAAACUCGAGAUUUACAGAGAAAACAGUGUGUAAAGAUUGUUGCUUAACGCAAAGAUGUACAGAAAAGUUGGAGAAGAAGGGGCACACCCAAGUGACUAGCCCUUUCCAUGAAUCAACGAGCAACGUGCUCUUUGAGCAAAUUUUGUUAUUACAAAUGCAGUGCGUUAGCUAAGGGUUUGUUGUUGUUGCUGUUGUUGUUUUCAACACGCUCAGCCACCUCCAAAUAAAGUGUUGACUGCACUGAAAUUCGACGUUAAGUAUAUUUUUUGCGCGUGAUGAAGGGAUAACUGAUGAACUUGAAUGAUCGAAAAUUUGAGAAAGGUAAUCUCCGGGAAGUUCCUGUACAGAGAUCAACUUAUGUUGAAGUAAUUGCAUACUUUAUUGUUAAACAGAUUAUCAUUGUUUCAACAAGAGUAAUUUUAACACUAUAAUUCAAAAAGCCGGCUAUUAUGGUAACAAAUAAUUUUUUCCACGCCGAAUUCACGAUGAGAAGUGUCCUUUGAUCAAAAUCAAUUUCAGCAUAGUGCAAGUAUGACCAGUAAAAUUUAAUUGUUGAGAAAGUAUUUUUUUUGCUAUAGAAGAUACCGCUUGACCGAGGCUGCAAAUUAAGGUCAUUAGGAGAAAAGGAGAUGAUCAAAUCAUUUUUACAUACUAUAGCUGAAUACUUGUGGUUUAGAUUCAUAUACCAAUUAUGUUCCCUAACUGCAAGAUAACGAAGUUCUUACUUUACAAACUAUAACACACUUCUGCUGCUACCGAUUUUGUCCUUUGAAAACUGUAUAUUCAGUAAAGCAGGGUCAUAAACCUCAGAUAUUUUACGACGAAAGUUUCUGUUCCUGUAUGGGAUGAGUUAAGAACCGUUUUCACGAAUCAUCCCUUCAAGCACAGUAGUUAUAGCUUUUUGUCAUUCAGAUCCUAAGCAACAGCUUGCUUUAUUGCACAAAACAAGAUUCCUGACCGCAGUUUUUAUUAUUAUGGAAACUCAUUGUCAUCGUUAC